AUGGCUUUCCGUAAGAACCACCCGUCGAAGUUCAGUAGGGACUAUGAUCCGGAAGAUGCUAGGCUAUGGUUAGUGGAGACUGAGAAGAUUUUUGAGGUGAUGGGUUGUCUCGAGGAGCAUAAGGUCCCUUAUGCGACGUUCAUGCUCCAAGGAGAAGCUGAGAACUGGUGGAAGAAGCGAAAGGCGAUGGAAUUUCUGGAUUUGAAGCAUGGAAACAUGUCCGUUGGAGAAUACACGACCAAAUUUAAUGAACUUCUACAGUACUGGCCUCAAUACCAAGACGCUCGGAACGAAGAAGACUUAUGUGCUCAGUUUGAGAAUGGGCUUCGACUGGAGAUUCAACAGGCAGUUAGCUACAUGCAGAUCACGGAUUUUAAUCAACUGGUGACCAAGUGCAGAAUAUUUGAGGACAAGAUGAAAGAGAGGCAAGCUAGAGGCUUUGGAGGACCACAGAGAAGCCAUCCUUUUAGAGGAAACAGUAAUAAGAGGAUGAAGCCAUAUUCUAGCAACAAGGGGAAACAACCUAUGACUACAUCCAACAUGAGCCAGUCAAGGGGGACUGGGGUACAGUGCUUUCAGUGCGGAGGACCGCAUCUUAGGAGGAAUUGCCCACAACUCCAGCAGACAUAG